AUGGCAUUGCUUCUGCAUAGUUUGCCUUGGUUGUGUGGAGCGUAUGGGCUGGUUGGUCGAAACAAAAAGAUCCCUCGUCCACAUUUGUACCUCACAGUUAAAAGAGGAGUGAAGAUAUCGUUUGUACGACGUGAACUUGAACAUCAAACAAACUGAAAUAUGUCAUCCCUAAAUGCAGAACUAUACCACCUACCAAAAAUCUUUCCUCGUAAGAGCGUGCCGAGUUUGGAACUAUCUUCCAGAUGAACUGAACUUUACUAAGGAUACUAGCAUUUCUGUAUUUAAAUCAGAUCUGCUCAAGUAUUACUUUACAUCACUGAACAUUAAUUAUGAUCCUGAAAACUCUCGAUCAUUUAACUAGUAUAUGUCUGAAAUGUAAUUGUAUUCGAAGCCUGUUACGUCCAAUAUCGUGUUGCAGUUGAACUGUAAAUAAGAUCGCACCUGUAACGCAUGUACGUAUAUAUAUAUGUGUAAUGAUAGUUUUGUGUCGGGCCCGCAGUAAUUGGCUAUUCGCUGUUGCGGUCAACCAGCCGUGGUCAUGUACCUACUGUAUUUCAUUAUGUACGUUUGUUUUUGUCCUGUCAUGUAAUGUACUGUUUCAUCGGCAAAGUUUAUAAAUUUAAAAAAUUAAAUUAAAAUUAAAUUAAGAGAAAUUCAAAUGUGACGACGCUAAGGAACACUUUGAACUCCUUCGAGAACCUGAAAGAAAACUAAAAAUCAAAUAUUUGGGUUUUCGUUUAAGUAAAUUGAGAUGUAAAUCAUCUUCUGUCACACCGACACCUGGUGGUGGUGUAUUAGCUUGCAGUAACUCCAGUUAUACCAAUCAAAACCCUUUACGAGUCCCUGAAGAGAACGAGAAAGUUGAUGUACCUCAGGUCCGGGGAACUGGGACUUUAACCAUGUUUUGCGCCCUCAAUGGACAACAUUAUGCACUCACCUGCUUUCAUGUUGGUUGUGCAACUGAUGAAAAUCGUUUAAACGCCGCAUUCAAUAAAGUAGAAGAUGUUCAGAAGAUGCGCAAUUCACUUCCAGCUUAUGGAACACGAGGCAAUACACGAGGCAAUACAGAGAACGACAAUGUCCACAUCUUAUUUGGAGACGAUGGAACGGACUGCUCCCGUCUUGGUGGCCCGUUUGACAAUUAUUAUUUUGACAACGAAUGUGACAUUUUGUCUCUAAAAGUUUUGGAUGGCGUUAAAAUUGAUUGCAAAAUAGCGGAUGCAACUUCUCCUGAUUGGGAUAGUAUAUGGGAUGAAUUGUAUGAGAGUGAUAGUAAUCUAGUGGAAGUGGAGAAAACCGGUUUUUCGUCGGCGUUAACCCGUGGCUAUAUUGUUCCCUGUGAUUUUAGUUACAGCAAGAACAGGAGCCAUUAUUCCAGGAUACAUUCGCCGUUAAGGGAUGCGGUGGUCCAUUCUUGGAAGGCGGUGACUCGGGUUCUCUCGUUUUCUUUCAUGACAAGAAUAACCAGAAACAGGUGUUUGCCUAUGGGGUUUGCGAAGUGGAUGAACUUCUCUUACCUGAACCGCACGAGUCAGCGAGUUCUUGCAGUUUUGAUGAAGACGAGUUUGAGUCUGAAUAG